ACAGGAUUUAGCUCCAUGUGAUAAAACCUUGAUGUCUUCAACCAAGGAUGGUGAGAGGGAUCAGUUUGAUAACUUAGACAAGCAUACCCAAUGGGGCAUUGACUUCCUGGAGAGAUAUGCAAAAUUUGUGAAAGAAAGGAUAGAGAUUGAACAAAACUAUGCAAAACAAUUGAGAAAUCUGGUCAAGAAGUAUUGUCCUAAACGUUCAUCCAAAGAGGAAGAGCCCAGGUUUACCACAUGUCUAGCCUUUUUUAACAUCCUUAACGAGUUAAAUGACUAUGCAGGACAGCGAGAAGUAGUUGCAGAAGAAAUGGGACACAGAGUAUAUGGUGAACUAAUGAGAUACUCUCAUGAUCUAAAAACAGAAAGGAAAAUGCAUCUUCAAGAGGGACGAAAAGCUCAGCAGUAUCUCGACAUGUGUUGGAAACAGAUGGAUAAUAGCAAAAAGAAAUUUGAGAGAGAGUGCAGAGAGGCAGAAAAGGCACAACAAAGCUAUGAAAGACUGGACAAUGACACUAAUGCUACAAAGGCUGAUGUUGAGAAGGCUAAGCAACAAUUAAAUCUGCGUACACACAUGGCUGAUGAAAACAAAAAUGAAUAUGCUGCACAACUACAGAACUUCAAUGGCGAACAACACAAACACUUCUACAUUGUUAUUCCUCAGAUAUACAAGCAACUACAAGAAAUGGAUGAACGAAGGACCAUCAAGCUUAGUGAAUGCUAUAAAGGUUUUGCUGAUUCUGAACGAAAAGUUAUUCCCAUAAUUUCUAAAUGUUUAGAAGGAAUGAUUCUUGCAGCAAAAUCAGUUGAUGAACGUAGAGACUCUCAAAUAGUGAUCGACUGCUUCAAGUCUGGUUUUGAACCUCCUGGAGACUUCCCAUUUGAAGAUUACAGUCAGAAUAUUUACAGGACCAUCUCUGAUGGUACCAUCAGCACACCAAAGCAGGAAGGAAUGAAGAUUGAUUCAAAAACCACUGUGGGCAAGGCCAAGGGCAAGCUGUGGCUUUUUGGAAAGAAACCAAAGGGCCCUGCACUGGAAGAUUUCAGCCACCUGCCCCCAGAACAAAGACGUAAGAAGCUGCAGCAGAGAAUUGAUGAACUUAACAGAGAACUCCAGAAAGAAACAGACCAGAAAGAUGCACUUAUCAAAAUGAAAGAUGUUUAUGAAAAAACCCCACAGAUGGGAGAUCCAGGCAGUUUGCAGCCAAAAUUAGCUGAGACCAUGAGCAACAUGGACCGUCUUCGAAUGGAAAUACACAAGAAUGAGGCUUGGCUUUCUGAAGUUGAAGGUAAAGUAGCAGCAAGAGGUGACAGGCGGCACAGCAGUGACAUCAACCAUCUUGUGACACAGGGAAGAGAGAGCCCCGAGGGGAGCUACACAGAUGAUGCAAACCAGGAAGUUCGAGGCCCACAGCAGCAGCAUGCCCACCCUAAUGAAUUUGAUGAUGAAUUUGAAGAUGAUGAUCCCUUACCAGCUAUUGGACACUGCAAAGCAAUCUAUCCCUUUGAUGGUCACAAUGAAGGCACCCUGGCAAUGAAAGAAGGGGAAGUUUUAUAUGUUAUUGAGGAGGAUAAAGGAGAUGGAUGGACAAGAGCUCGAAGACAGAACGGAGAGGAAGGCUAUGUGCCAACAUCAUACAUAGAUGUAACUCUAGAGAAAAGUAGCAAAGGUUCCUGAAGCGGGUUUCUGAGAAAAUGGGCGAGAUGUUGAAGGAGGUUACAUGCAGCUGCUUUUGGGGAGGGCAUUAGGCUGGGAGGCACCAUGAGAAGGAGAAAGCUAGUUGCAUGAGUGCAUGCAGACAUACAUUUAUUCACUAACAUUCUCAGCAUUGCCAUAUGUAGCUAAGGACCUGUUACAAAUUCUUAAAUUUCUGCAGCAAAAUAGGACUCCAUUACAACAGUAUAAACUAAGGCAACCAGAUCAUAGUCCUAAGUACUGAAAGUUGUACAAACUGUUCACCAGUUUGUUACAGUUUAUUGCCUCAGCUGUCUUCUUUUCCAGCCCCAUUAUAACUGGUAGUCAUUCAAGACCCUGUCAUUUGUCAGUGUCUGCAUAUGCCACCUCCGUGCUCGCCCUAACCUCCUCCUGCAUGUCUAGAGUUCUCAGGCAUGUCAGUCUAACUUUUUUCCUCCAUUGCUUAUCUUCUUCUUUUUCAUGUGUAGCAAAACCACUUUGUUUAAAUAUCUCCUGUAAUGAAGUUUUCAUCCCAGUGUCCAUGUGUGCUGCUAUAACUUUCCUACUGCAACUAUCAUUACAUUCCAGUUUUUCAGCAUUAUAACUGAUGUGAACCUAAACGUAUUUAUGUUGUUGAUUUGGGGAAAAGAACACAUCUCAGCUCUAGCUGACAGUGCAGUCAAAGGAGCUCCUAGAAUUGUGGUCCGUCUUCAGCACUUCGGUAACCUAUAGUGAGCACUGAAAACCUGGCAUGAACAACACACAGAUUCACCACCAGAAGACAAGUGACUGUUUUUAGAAGUCAACUGCUUGCCAUUCAGACGCUGCCUUAAACUAGAGUGCCUAAAUCUGUUGAUUGCCAACACUACCAUUACAGUAUCCCACAAAGGGCUUUGGGUCUCAGCUCAGUAUGACCUCCUGUAACUCCUUCCACGGUGCUGCAGCUGCUGAGGUAGCCACAGCAGGUGGUUUCUAGAGCUCUACCUUAUGUGAUACAUGGUGCAUCAUACAUUUUAUGCAUUGAAACUGAAGACAUGGAUCUGUUCAUUUUACUUUAAUGAAUGUUUUUAAAAUAAUUUUAAAGGAAAUUUCUUCUUGAUUGUCUCUUAAUUUGGGAUUAUGACACUCCAGUUUAAUCACUGCAGUGCUAGGUCUGUUCCCAGGUGAUGCUUCAUUGUAUGGACCAGUUGAAAUUUGAGUGAAACUUUGUAAUGAUCUUUGUGCACUUUUACUUGUAAACAAUUUAAAUUUGGAUAUGUUUAUAUGUGUAAAUAUAGUUGUCUGCAGAGCCCCUACUGCUUAUGUUGUCUUGUCUCCCAUUUGUGAUUCUAGUAAUAGAAUGUAUCAUAUCUGAUUUUAAUAGGUAACAUUAGGAUAGGGGAGGUAGUGGGAGGGAUCUCUGUAUCAGUUGAAGUUUCAUCAACCCAGGCACU